UUCGAUUUGCCGUCUCUGUCGUCCCUUCAACUUCCUGCCGUGUGGCGCGUCCGCCCCACCAAGGCAAGGCAUGGCGGCGAGCGGGGGCGGCGUGGCGCAGCAGGCGGAGCUCCGGCGGAUCGAGGGCAACGCCUGCUUCAAGAAGGCCCGCCUCGGCGCCGCUAUCGACUGCUAUACCGAGGCAAUCGCGCUCUGCCCCGACGUCGCCGUCUACUGGAUGAAUCGGGCCCUGUGCCAUUUCAAGCGCAAGGAGUGGGCCAAGGUCGAAGAGGAUAGCAGGAGGGCUCUUGCACUUGAUGACACUCUAGUCAAGGGCCACUAUCUGCUGGGAUGUGCGCUGCUCGACAAGGAGGAAUUUGCUCUUGCUAUCAAGGAAUUUGAAAAGGCUCUGAAUCUCUUGAAGUCCUCAAGUUCAACGGAUAAAAUGGCUGAGGACAUUUGGCAGGUCCUUGCAAAAGCAAAAUACCUAGAUUGGGAAAAGCAUUCCACUGAACGAGUUUGGAGGAUACAAAGUUUGAAGGAAGCUUGUGAAAGUGCUCUGCAGGAGCAGCACUUUCUUAGUGGUACGCUUGUGGAAGACUCGGAUGGAUCAAGCAAUGAGUAUUCAGAACAAAUUAAAUUGCUAGCAGAGGUCUUCAGCAAAGCAACACUUGCCGAUACACCAGUAGAUGUGCCCGAUUACCUUUGCUGUCAGAUAACUUUCGAGAUAUUUAGAGACCCAGUGAUCACACCCAGUGGUGUAACAUAUGAAAGGGCUGUACUUCUUGAACAUCUCGACAAGGUUGGCAAUUUCGACCCAGUGACGCGAGAGCCUCUGAAGGAGCACCAGCUGGUUCCAAACCUGGCCAUCAAUGAAGCAGUGCAGGCCUAUCUGAAAGAGCACAGCUGGGCCUACAGGCUGAACUGUUAGAUGCUGUUUGUGGUGUGUGCCGGGUGCUCUGCUGAUUGCUGCUGCUGAUGAUGAUGAUGAAUGCUCGUCUUAGGGUUACCUUUUGUGACUACAAUUAUAUGUCAGUGUGAUACAGGUUGAGGUUAGAUUGCUCAAUUCAUUGAUUGUCAGGCAAGUUGAGUUGUAACUGCAGACAUUGACCGAUUGGAGCAAAUGUACAUAAACAUUCAAGGUUAGAAUAGCCAUUUUCACUCAGUCAUCA